AUGCUCACCUCCCUAAAAAGAAGAGCUCAGAGAUGGAGAAGAGAAGCGUGGCAACAAGCUGUGGCGGGCAAGGAGGGUGGAAUCCCGGAGCCCGGGCUGGACAUCGCUCCCGGCUCAGCCCGAGCCCGGCCUGUUUACUCACACCGAAGUGCCCGCGCACGCCCGCUCCCCUCGCUACCACGCCGGAAGUCCCGCCUGAGCCGGCCGCCGCCGCGCCCCAUUGGGCCGGGUGCCGGGUCUCUCCGCAGGUUGGCCGUCCCGGGCGUGAGCCCUGGGCGGCCCCUGAGAGCCCCGGGUGGGUGCCGGACCGAGACCCGCCGGACGCGCGGGGCUGGGCGCAGGAGGCGGGUCAGUGGCGCGGGACUGGGAGCGCUGGGGCAGGCGACGGGACUUCCGCCACGGGACCCGGAAGGGGCCGCGCCGUCGCUGGUGGGAGUUGUAGUCCGGCCGUGGAUGGGGGGGCCCCGCGGCUCAUGCGCGGUGCACCGAGGCUUGUUUCACAUCUGUAACAACAGGUGCUGGUGUAGGACAGCUCACAAUUUGGAGGGGCCCAGCCUCGUGAUGAGGAAUAGCAAGGAGAGAAUUCAGCUCCAGUUCAAAAGCAUACAAAAUCUGAGACUGUCACUGCUUUUAUAA